GGUCAGGUACCUGACCUCAAAAUAAGAAAAAAAUGGAGAGUUUGCAAUGUGAUUUGAACUAUUUAUCCAGGGACAUCCUAGCUGAUAUCAUGGCUCGACUAGAUGGUUCAACCCUGGCCUCAGCUGCAUGCACAUGUUCGGACCUCCAUGGUAUAGCUCGAGACCAAAGGUUAUGGAAACUGUUGUGUCACUCCACAUGGCCUUCUACUGCACUAAAGGGAGCCCAACACCUUAUUUCCUCCCCACCAAUGGAUUGUUUUAGCAGAUUCUAUGCUGAUUCUUACCCACUUAUUUUCCAUGGUGAUCACAAAGAUGCCGAUUACUUCCCUACCCAACAUCCCCACAUUUCCCCGUCUGAUUUUGCUUCCUUUAUCGACGUUUACUACAGAGAAAAAUGUGUUGUUUCCAGUGUUUUAGAUGGCAUACCAAGAACAGUCGAUUCCGAUCACGUUGACAACGAGACGGAGAUUGGCCUUAUGAGUUGUUUAUUGAACCGUCCAUUCAAAAUGGUUCUCUCGGAUGUUAGCCAUGAUGAGGACAUCGAAAAUGGUGAUUUACUCCUUUCUGCCAACGGCAAAUACGGCUUUUUAUCGCUUGAGAAGACGGGAGAACCCGAAGACCAUUGUGAGGAGUUAAAAGAGGGAAUUCGAUUAAGUUGGGUGCUGUUGGAUAAGAAGAAAGGCAAGGCAGCGAAUCUGUCGAGCUGGAAGCCAUUGUUAGUGAAGAAAAUAUGGGCAACUGAUGGUGAAUAUAUUCUACAUUUUGGGUGCAUCAUCCCAGUCCAUGAGAAUGUACUUCCUGACAAUGUAGCUAAAUGUCUAAUAGUGGCAACAUGCUACAUAGAGGAAACACAAGGGUAUUUGAGAUGGAAAGAGAUAAGCAUGCGCAUUGAGGACACUAAUGGAACAUAUAUAAAUGGGGGCAAGAAUCUGAUAAUUUUGAACCAGGCACUAUAUUGCUCAAGAACUAAUAAUCUCCAUGCUGUUGAAAAGGGGUACCAACAAUUUGAGGGGCUAAAGCAAGAGAUGACGAGGAAAAAGAAGCUCCAAAAAUCCAUUGCUGAUUGGGUUUGUAUAUCAAUUGAAGUUGCAAUCCUAAUAACUUUAGGGUACCAUAUUUUACCCAUUUAAGCCAAUGGCAACUUAAGAGCAUAUAAUAAGAGUAAACAUUUGUGUUGAGAAAACAAAUAAACACGGACAUGUAAUAUUUAAUAUACGCAUGAGUGGUAGGUCUUCCAUCUGCCAGUUGCCUCCGUGGCAACUUCUCUGGUUUAGAGUGCUUGGUUUUGGUCUUGUUUUGUCACCACACAUUGAUUUUCUUUUGUUUCUUGUUUGGGAUGUCUUUGUCGACUCUAUGCUGUACAAGAGCUUCAGUUACUGA